AUGCCGACCGAAUACACUGCUGUCGUCUUAGAUCCAAACACUCCUCCACCGUACAUGGAUCCAACGAACAGUAUCGCAAAGAAAAAAAGCAUAGUCAUGCACACUCAGAUGUGCGUCUCACCAAAUCCAAAAAUUUUAGAGAAGUCUGUGGAGCACACUGGAAAGCGAUGUGAACACUGCGGACAGUUUGCACAGCAACAGCCAAGUAUGUUACAUAUCAAAAGGACUGACGUUUUGUUUUUCUUUGUUUCUUUUGAUAUAAUUAUUCUCCUCUCACAUUUAGUGGUAAUUUGGCCAGCUCCGCGACCACAUGAUCAUAUUCGACCAGAUAAUACGAAGUUCAUUGGCUACGUUCUGCUGAUUGCUGUCGUUAUUUUCCUUUUGUUCGCUGCAUGCAAAUAUUUGCCAUAA